AAUUUCAAAACUAGAACCUUUCUUGUUUUUCUCUUCACAGAUCUAAAUGGAUAAAACGUCCCGCAAAAUUUCGAACCAGGACAUAAACCCCUGCUUAGAAGAAAGUGAUGCCUCUCACAAGUGUUUGGACACCUGCAACUAUGAUAGGAGCAAGUGCUCAGCUUACUUCCAGAGAUACAAGAACUGCAGAAAAUAUUGGCACAACAUAAUGGUGCAGAGAAGAAGAGAUGGUAUUAAACCUGAAAUGCCCACAGCUGCGGAGAGACUGGAGAUGCUCAGUGCCAUUGGAGGCAAACCCUACUGACUGUCAACAGUCACAAAGAUGCUAAGGACACCAGGUCUGCACUGAGAGACAUUGCUGGAACACUGCAGUGACUGUGAGGAACAGCUAUACUUUGAAGAGGAAAAUGGAACCAAUGUCUGUUAUGUUUAGAGAAGACAUUAAACUUGUUACAUGAAACUGUC